AUGAAAUCUAAGUGUAAUCCUCAAGAUAAAAAACUUACGGUAAUAAUCAAUGAGAAUAAUUAGAAUAUUUCUUUUGAUUUGAAUUCUAAUAACAAACCAAAAUAUUAUAUAUCGAACACAACAUGUCACAAAGAUAACUAAAAGUUUUUUAAUUGCAGCAAUAUGUCACCAAUGGUUGUUGAAACAUCAACUCCAAGAAAAAGACUUGUCUCUGGCAAAAGAACUCAGCAAAAGGCAAAUUGUUCUCAUAAUAACUCAAACAAUAAAAUUUAAAAUAGAUAGAAAAAAUCAUCAUCCAAUUAGAGAACUAAUUUAACUGUUAAGACUGGAUCAUCAAUUGAAGCACUGAAAGAAUUAAUGGGAAAAAGUAAAUGUCUAAAAUAAGUAGGUUACUUCAAAUAACUAUUACAAAUAAAUACAGAUAAAUUUAAGAAUGCAAAAGAAAUAUAAUUCAUAGAAACAAAAAAGAGUAACUCAAGUGAAUUUGGAUUUGACAAUAGAUUCAAUAAGCAUUUCUAGUAGUUAAAUCAACAGGGUGUUAAAACAACUACUAAUAAAUCAGUAUCCAAAGACAGAACUUCAUUAUAAAAAGUGUUCUCAAAGAUAAUGGAUUAAGAAAAAUCUACAUCGCCUAUCAAAAAGGUUGAUUGGUCCAAGAUCAAAUUGCCCUUAACUCCAAAAGACUGCAUACAAUAGUUUGGAUAACACUUGAGUGAAUUUGAGAAACAAGAGAUCCAUGGAUUUAGUAGAAUUUAUUGUAUAGGAUUAAAGGCUAAAAAAAUUGAUUAGAAAUUAUCAAACUACAACGACGGCUUUGAUGAUUCAAAAGGUGAGUAUUUGUAUUCUCCUAAUGAUCAUAUUGGAUACAGAUAUGAGAUAUUAGAAAUAGUUGGUAAAGGUAGUUUUGGAUAAGCAUUCAAAGUAUUUGAUCAUAAAAGACAAUAAGUGCAAUGCUUAAAAAUUAUAAGGAAUAAAAAGAAAUUCACAAAUCAAGCAUUAGUAGAACUAAAUAUUUUGACCUAUGUAAAGGAGAAGGAUGAAGAGAAUGUAACAAAUAUAGUAAAAAUAAAAGACUUUGUAAUAUUUAGAAAUCACGUGUGUAUUUCUUUUGAAUUCUUAUCUAUAAAUUUGUAUUAAUUGAUAAAGAACAAUAACUUUUAGAGUUUAUCUUUAGAACUAAUUAGAAGAUUUGCAAUUCAAAUUUUGAAUGCAUUGAACUUCUUAAGCAAACAUAAAAUCAUCCAUUGUGACUUAAAACCUGAGAACAUUUUAUUAAAGCAGGCAAAUAAAAGUGGGAUUAAAAUCAUAGACUUUGGAAGUAGUUGCUUUGAAAACUAGAAGAUUUACUCUUAUAUUUAGUCACGGUAUUAUAGAGCACCUGAAGUUAUGUUUGGUAUCCCCUAUGAUACAAGCAUAGAUAUGUGGAGUUUUGGAUGCAUUAUGGCAGAACUAUAUUUGGGAUUCCCAAUAUUUCCAGGGGAUGAUGAACAAGAACAAAUUGCAUACAUACUAGAAAUCCUGGGUAUGCCAGAUAAUGAAUUGUUAUAGAUUGCGUAAAGAAGAAAGGUUUUCUUUGCUGACUCUCUGCCUUUUUAGCCUUUGUGUAUGUAAAAUAAAAGUGGAAAAUUGAGGAUACCUGGAAGUAAGACAUUAUCAGAGGUGUUAAAAUGCAACGACCAUAAUUUCAUCGAUUUCUUGAAAUAAUGUCUAGUGUGGAAUCCUAAAAACAGAAUCACUCCAAUUGAUGCCCUUAUGCAUGUUUGGAUUCUUGAAGGACUACCUAGUCAAAUAAGAGUCUAGCAUGUGUAAUAUUUGGAAAGUUAAUAACAAUAUCUUGAGCUUAAUGAUGGAAAAUAAGAAACCAAUUUAAAAUAGGGUCAACAAGGAUAAUAAAAAUUGUAGAACCAUCACAUUUCAGAACCAGAAAUGAAUUAAGAGAAUAAAGUAAAACCUAAUCAGAUUAGAACAAUUUCAAGGGAGAAAGAACUUUUGAUCAAUGUUUCAUAGAAUCCUACUCCGAAUAAUAAGAAAAUGUCUUAAUCUUUUCAUUCUAGUAAAAACAGCAAUAAACAGCAAAUGAAUUUCAUUCAAUAAUUACCAGGAACUACAAAAUAUGCUAACAAGAAAACUCAUUAUUUUUAUUGA